AUGAAUGGAUGGGUUGUUAGGAAGGAGACGGGUCUCAAGCGAGACGCGAUCCUUCCACCGGAACACUCGUCGCUCGCUAAACACCCGCUACUACUCGAUACCCAGAGCGCAGGCGUGUUUGAACUCAAUGAUACAUUCCCCUCCCGGACCCGCCGAAAGAUUCCUCCGGGGGGUGAGGGUGAGGGUGAGGAGGGUGAGGGUGGGAGCAAACCCAACGAGCAAGAAACGCGCUCCCACAAAAGCAGCACCACCGCGGACCUCGACCAGCGCACCACGCGUCAACCCCCCCCACCCACGACCUCAACGCGCCCAACCGCAGUCUCGAGUCUCGACCACACACCCGUUCCCCCACUUUCACCCGCGUUCGCACCAACAAACCCCAACACGCGCCGCAGCCACACCCCAUCCGCACUUAUGCACCCCCCAUUCCCACACGCCCCUUCCGCCCAUCGCUGCUCUAUCCUCCCGCUCUCCCUCCUGUGCACAUGCACCACCGCACAAAGUGCAGCAAAAAUCUUCCCCUAUUGGUUUCACUCUCAGCACUGA